UUUCCGUUUCCUAAUUUGCUCUCAUUUUUUAAAAUUUUACCAUAGUUUUUCCUUCAUGAAGAAUCCAUCCGCUUUUAUAAUUAGAUUUUUCAGAAAUCGAUUAAUAUUUAGUGUCCCUAUCUCCUUGAAGUUUGAGUUUAUAGAGAGUUAACCGAUUAGAAAAUACCCAUUUUCUCAUUGAAUUGUUUUAUGUAUUUUGAAAUAUGAAUUCUCAAUUUGGGUUUCUGUUUUUGUUUAAAUUUAUUCUAUUUUACUGAACAAGGGCACGGUUCUCUGGUGUUUACAUCAUGAUGGGAUUGAGUGAAAAUGUGAAUUUGGUUAUUUUAUUUUAUAAUAUUAUCAUCUAGUGGGUGUAGAAAUGCAAUUAUAAAUGUGUUUGGUCUUUGUUUAAUUCGACUUGAGUUUCCAUGUUUUCAAUUUAUUAUGCAGGUAUAAGUAUUACUAGUUAUUUUGCAUUUCCGGAAAUGUACAGGAACUAAAUUUUUAAAUGAAGGAUAAAUUUAGAACUGCUAUAUGUGUGAUUACUGUAAAGUUAUGGUAGUGCGUAAAAUAUUUCCACCAUCAUAUACAUGUUAGCUACUCCCUUACAUAAAUGCAGUGACAGAACUCGGCCGAGUCAGGUGAUACAUGUUAGCAAAUGCCUAUACAAAAAAGCAGUGGGAUGGGACCUGGUUGAGAAUGCUCAAUACUCAGACUCGGCCGAGUUACUUGGUCUUGUCCCAUGGACGAGGCAUGUUUCUCCUGAGCACAUUGUACGCCCAAUAUUGUAUGGCUUGAUUUCCAUGCAAUAUGGUAGUGGAGUAACACAUUCAUCCUUUAGUGGGCGAAUCUUAGAGCCUUUCCCUUCUCCCCCUUUACAAUGGGUACUCAAGGGAAGAGAUCAGAGCCAAAGGAAGCAUGGACUAGCAGUAAAAAUGAUGGCUAAGCCUUCCAUUCAAUUCAUAAAAGGCACAGAUGAGCAAACCAUCCCUGAUGUGAAGUUAACCAAGUCUCGAGAUGGAACCAAUGGCGUUGCGACGUUUAUAUUCGAGGAACCGUCUGUUUUCGACUCCUCUAGUGAGUUAGGGGACAUAACAGGAUUCUAUAUGAUUGAUGAAGAAGGGGUGCUUCAGUCUGCAGAUGUUAUAGCUAAAUUUAUAAACGGUAAGCCUGCAAAGGUAGAGGCAAAAUAUAUAAUGAGGAGCUCAAAGGAGUGGGAUCGCUUCAUGAGGUUCAUGGAGCGGUACUCGAACCAUAAUGGGCUUCAAUUCAUCAAGAAGUGAAAUGGGGUUCUCAAAUUUUCAAUUUUGUUUCUCUAUUUUUUCGUUGUUAUGGAGAACUUUCUGUUGUUUGCCAAGAAAACAGAAGAGUGGUAUGGUGAUUAUUCUUUUUUUUCUCCUCUAGAAGAUCGGAAUUAGUCAAGGGAAGCCAUUUUGAUUGAUGAACUUGAUGCCUGUGCAAAAUCAGAAGAAUCUUGUAAUCUGAAGAAAUACUUGUAAUAUCAAGAAAUAAUUUUGCUUAA